AUGUUGCAUCCUGGAGCUGGGCCGCCGCCCGCCCGCCGGGCGCGGCAUGCGCCGCUGCACCGUAGGCCAGGCGCGCUCUGCUGCGGAGGCCUCCUGGUCCUGAUGGUGGUACUCCCGAGCGCGUUUGCAGGCGUCUCCGCCGCCGAGACUGAGGUCGCGCCGACCGCAACCCACGCAACGCAUUCACGUCACACAAGUGACGCAGGAGCCGGCGCAUCGCCAGCUCAGGCUGAGGAGGCGGCAGGACGUCAGCAUGAAGACGCGGCGGGGGAAGGCCGCGCGACAGGCGAUGGGGGAAUCUCGAACGACGCAGCAAAUUUGGAGGGGUUGUACGACAGUCCCCCGCCAGCUGAGGAAGAGCCGCGGGACGCUGGGCCGCCUCCGUCCAAUCGACACGCUCGGGGCGUGGUGCCGUCAAAGUCCGCGUCUGCGGGCACUCGUCGGCGUCACAGGCUAAUCGGCUACGGCGUGCUUGUUGGCACAGCGUUGCUGACGCUUGCAAUUCUCAUGUCGCGACGCCUCGGAGGAGCCGCACGACCUCAAAGAGAAUCUGGCCAAGAGGAGGGACCGUCGCGCAUUCACGAGGAACGGCCUGCCGGCACGAGUUCACGCCAGGAGAGUUAUCCGCAGGGCGCUGCUUCGGAGUAG